UUUUUAUUUUUAUUUUUUGUUUUCUUUCCGGGUCGUCGUCCUGUUAUCUAUCAUAAAUUUAACAUUCUAGUAUUUGUUGAAGAUUUGCUUGAAAGAUUUUAUUAAGUUUCUCGGCAACCAAACAUAGGUUACGGGAAAAUUCAUUAGGCCCGCGAGCUGUUGGAUGAAAUGCUAGAAACCAACGUGGUAAGAUGGACUUCGAAGAUCACGGAUAAUGCACGUAGAGGCCUCGUCGACCAAGCGCUAUCUUGCUUCUUACAAAUGCUGCGUGCAGGUAUCGAGCCAAAUGCCAUAACGUACUCAGCCACAAUCAGCGCCUGUGCUCAAUCAACACGACCCAGUUUGGCUACAAGCCUGCAUUGUUUGAUUCUUAAAAAAGGGUUCUCAAAUCAGCUCUUUGUUUCAAGUGGGUUGAUCUCUAUGUACUCGAAGCAUGACCGCAUAAAAGAAGCUCGUUUCUUGUUCGACGAUAUGCCUGAAAGAGACGAUGUAUCCUGGAAUUCAAUGAUUGCAGGGUAUUCGCAGCGCGGUUUGAACGAGGAAGCUUGUGGCUUGUUUUGUAGUAUGAUAAAUAGUUGCGAAAAUUGGAAAUUGCUUGUCAGUGAUUUUACUCUGGCUACUGUUCUCAAGGCUUGUGGCGGUUUGGGCUGUUCUAGAAUCGGCAAAUGCGUGCAUGGGUAUGCAGUUAAAAUUGGUUUUGAUUCGGAUUUAUUUGUUUCUGGGUCGACCGUCUAUAUGUACUGCAAAUGCGGUAUUUUAGAUAUGGCAGGCCUAGCUUUUGAUCAAAUUGAAAAUAAGGAUAUUGUAGCUUGGAACACUAUGAUUACUGGGUAUGCUCAAAAUUGUUAUGAAGAAGAGGCUAUUGAAUUAUUCUAUCAGAUGGAGUUAGAAGGCUUUAAGCCUAAUGACACAACAUUUUGCUGUGUUUUGAAGGCCUCAACUGCAAUGUCGGACAGUGCAGUGGGUAGAUGCUUCCAUGCUAAAGUCCUGAAGUUGGGAUGUUCAAUGGAUGUUUUUGUGGCUACUGCACUAGUCGAUAUGUAUUCGAAAUUUUAUGAUAUAGAAGAUGUGGAGAGAGCUUUUGGUGAAAUGAGCAAAAGGAAUUUGGUGUCCUUUAAUGCACUCAUCACAGGCUAUAGUUUGAUGGGUAAGUAUGAGGAAGCAUUAAGAGUUUAUUCCCAGUUGCAAUCUGAAGGAAUGGAACCUGACUCCUUCACAUUCGUAGGCCUUUUCUCCUCUUGCUCUGUAUCAAGUACUGUUGCUGAAGGAGCUCAAGUGCAUGUCCACUCGGUCAAGUUUGGUUUGGACUCGGAUGUCUCGGUUGGGAACUCAAUAGUGAACUUCUAUUCUAAGUGUGGCUUCACUGACUCUGCAUUGGAGGCUUUUGAGUCAAUAAAUAGACCUAAUUCCGUAUGCUGGGCUGGAAUUAUUUCAGGCUUUGCACAAAAUGGUGAGGGAGAGAAAGCCCUCAUGCAGUUCUGCAAAAUGCGCAAGUUUAUUGAUAAAACAGAUGAGUUCUCUUCCUCAAGUGUUAUAAAAGCAGUUUCAAGUUGGGCUGCGGUUGAACAGGGAAGGCAUUUGCAUGCCCAUGUGAUGAAGUCGGGGCUUGACUGCACAAUAUAUGUAGGAAGUGCAGUGAUUGACAUGUACUCAAAAUGUGGGAUGGUAGAAGAUGCACAGAAGGUUUUCUCUGUUAUGCCUGAAAAGAAUGUUGUUUCUUGGAAUUCAAUGAUAACAGGUUAUGCCCAAAAUGGUUUCUGCAAAGAAGCACUUCUCCUAUUUCAGGAAAUGACAAGUUCUGGAAUUUUGCCCACAGCUGUAACAUUUGUUGGGAUCCUAUUUGCUUGUAGCCAUGCGGGUUUAGUGGAAGAAGGGAGAAACUUUUACAAUUUAAUGGUUCAUAAUUAUGGAAUUCCACCCUCAAUGGAACAUUGCACUUGUAUGGUGGACCUCCUUGGCCGAGCAGGUUAUCUUGAAGAGGCAGAGGCCUUUCUUCUCAGUUCUUCAUUUUCAAAGGAACCCGGAAUCUGGGGGUCUCUUCUUUCUGCCUGUGGAGUUCAUAAGAAUUCUGAUGUUGGCUCUCGAGCUGCUCAGCACUGCUUGUUUUUAGAGCCUCAUUAUUCCUCCUCUUACACUGCUUUAUCUAACAUAUAUGCAUCUAAAGAAUUGUGGUCUGAGGUAUCAAGAAUAAGAGAUCUGAUGAAGGAUAUGGGGGUUGAGAAGGAACCAGGGUGCAGCUGGAUUGAGUCAUUGAGGUUUGGAGUACAAUAAUGGUGUUCAUCCUGGGGACAGAUUUACGCUCCUUGAAAAUGACUGCAGCCCUAGCGCCCUCUCGAGCUUGGCAAUCAGUCAGAUGUGUGAUCACGAUCUCCACCAUAUUCCAAACUAUACACGAGAAAACCAGCAAGAACUGGUGAACUGGGUGAUGGUAAACCCUAAUCACCCCAGAGACCCCCAUCUCCCUCAGCAACCUCAUCAUCAUCAGUAACAUAAGCAGCCAGGUUCAGAUACCUCUCCUGAUCUGUCCUAUUGCUCCACCUGGCCCGACAAAUGACACAGCUAGCUGACCUCCUCCCUCUAGUCCUCUUCCACGUCAACAAGCAUUCCUCAUGUAUGGGAUUCCUACAUGUUCCACAAGCCACCACCUUCUCCCCUCUUCCCAUCUCAUCAAGACAAACAGGACACAUGGUACCAUCCUCUAUUUCAAUUGCCGGCCUGGAAGAGCCCUCCCUUGCCUGCAAGAAGAGCUGAUGAAACCUCUCUCGAACACCAGCCCCUGCCACUGCUUCAGGCGAUGUAGGCUUGCUAAGCAGGUGACUAAGCAGGCACGGCCUCAGAGUCCUCCUCCUGAGACACGAAUCAUCAAGAGAGACCCCCAAUACCUUUAUGAACACAAACAGAAUAUGCUUGCAGGGUGUUGUCCUGUCUGGGCAGGUGCAUGAUGGGUUGGUGGAUAAAGUCACCGUAUACACAUUCCCAGUGGCGCCCAACACAAAGAAGUUGGACUCAGAGCGAUGAAGGAGACGAAGGCGGUGGCGGAUGGCUCUGACUAUCCGGUCUGCAACAGGCUGUGUAGGUUUAAACCGGGGGUGCAACCGAUGCUCCGGUGGCGAUGAAUUGGAGGCAACAGACUCCAUUCAACAAUGGCAGUUAUGGCAGUUAAGGUGGGGAAAUGAACAAUACCCCUAUUUGUAAAGGAAUGUGGUUGAGAUUCUUUGAGUAGGCUUGAGGGACACGAGAGGGAUAGCGGAAGAGUAGGGAACAUUAUAACAGGGGAAUAUGGAAACCUUGAGUUGGUGGGUUGUAAGUUGUGACCAAAAGGCAAGUUUCAUGAAAUCUAGCCACGAGAACAGGUUGUGAUUGCU